CAAAUCUAUUUUCCACACGGGGUAUUGCGACAUCAAAUAUUUUUCACAUAUAUUCUACAGUGUAAACCAUUUUUUAUCUUUAUAUUGACGUAAACUUGGGGUUACUUUGUUUAACUAAUACUGGGCAGUUCUAGAUCUGACUAAUAACCAAUACCUUAACUCUCUAUAGCUGGUCCAUGGUGGAGGCGUGAGACUUAUAGAUUAUAGCAGAUUGGUUUCAAACAUUGUUUCACUUUACACGAGAUUCAAUAAACAUUUAAUAUUCUUGUGAACUUAACGUUAUAUAGAAUUGGAAUAAGAAAAGAAUUUUAGAACUUGGGAUUUAACAGGAGAUGAAAGUUACAAAUACCUGGUGGCUAAUUGCAAUUAUUGUAACAUAUUUUUCGUCAACAUCGUCAGGUGAAAGACUUGACCAAGAUAUUGACUUACUUCCGGGUUUCACCAACAAAUGUCGUGGGCGAUGGGCUAUACAUGCAUGCUAUGGUGGAAAUGGAAAACGGUCUGGACCACCUUCAGAUUUGUCGAAAAACAAUCAAAAUGGUCAGUUAUUACUUAAAAAGAUAUUACUGCAAAAUUCAGAUUUUAAUAACUAUGGAAUAGGAAAUUUUGAUUUAUCACCUAGUGAACCUAUAGAAGAACAAUCGUCCGGAAACAAUGGAUUAGAAGAUUUGAAAACUUUAAGUGAUUUGAUACAAGAAUUGAUUUACCGCCAAAGAUUACGGGAUCUAGCAAUGGCAAAUGACGUCAACAUGGUCUGAAUCCGUGUCACGUGAUACAUGUCAGUGCGCAUGUGUAAUUGUGCAAUACACAGAAAUAUCUGAAUAUUUUAAUUUUUAAAGUUGUUGUUAAGCAACUUUAUUGUUUAACAAAUCAUUUGAAUCUAUUUGUUCAAUUAAAAAGGUUUUUUUUGUAUUUUUAAAAUGUUUCCAUAGUUUAAAUAUUUUGAAAUAUAAAUUGCUUAUUCUAGUGAAAUUGUUUCCGUCUAUUGAUUGCUAAUUUAUAUUGAUUUUGAAUUUUAAUUCUUUUAUCUGAUAUCAGUAUAUGUAUUUGGUUCAGAUUUAUGUUGAGGAAAUGUCCGGAAGUGAGAGUGAUAUGACUGAGAGACAAAGAUCUCUUUCUAUUUAUUUAGCUUCUAUGAUUUUUAAGGUCCAUGGUUCGAACAGUCAGUUAAAUUAACCCUUUGUUUGUCAUAAACAUACUGAUACUGAAGAGAUAUAUGAUUUUUUUUAUUAGAAAAUAUCUUUAUUUUCCUUGAAAGAAAAAAUACAUACUUUCAUUGUGAAUCAAAAUGGCGAGUUUUUUAUGACUUUAACUUACACACAGGCCAACAUAGAAAUUUAUUUUUGUAAAGUCGCCAUAUGAAUAACAUCAUACACAAAAUUUAGACUUAAAUUGUUUUCUCUUAUUUGUAUAGUUGGCUGGAGACAGCUCAAAUAAAGAAUUUCAUUCAGUAGUAUAUGCUAGUUUACACUCGGGAGUACAUUAAUAAACAUAUUAAUCAAUGAACAUCAUAUCAAUAGAAAGAUUUGCCAGAUUUCAUAAAAGCAGAUAGGAAUGAAGACAAUAGAAACACAUAAGGGAUGACACUGCGACUUUUUAAAGUUUAGUUUUAGAUAAGUACCUAAAAAUUACAAAUUAAUAUCCGAAAACCAAAUGACGUUAAUCACGUGAACUUUAUUAAAGGACCACGAUGUCGAGAGUCACAUUUCUGUGUGCUCUUUAUUAAAGCACUAUAAUGAUUGAUAACAGUUUUUGUAACUAUCAUUAUUACUUCAUGAAGGUAUUAUCACUUCCAACAGAGGUCUAAUAAACUCGGUUAUAAAGCAGGAAACGAUUGUAUUUUAUUGUCAAUUAUGAAGUUAUUUGUUUUAAACAUCUACAGGUACACAUUUCAUUAAUAAGCACAUAUACAGAGAGAAAAUAUAUAUUUUUCUCAAAUAAUAAGAUGGUUGCUGUUUGUUUUACGAUAUAUACUAAAAGAAUUUCAACAAUUCAUCCUUAUCCAAAUAAAAUUGAAUUAAUGGAAAUCAAGUUUUGUUCGUCCAUGCCAAUUUCUUGCUUUGUAUUAAUGCGAUUUAAAUGUAAAUAAAAUAUCUAUUUUUCCUUUACUGUCUAAUUUUAUUCUAUCUGUUGUUAAAAACAAUAAACCUGAUAGUAUU